UGUUUCGCCACCUGUUGGAGACGAGUGUGUACGCUCCAGUGCUAGGCGACUCGAGAUGCAUUGGUUGCGCUAUUUCCGUAUGCCUUUAUGCAAAGCUCUUCAAGCGCGUUUCAUGUCGGUGUCCUUACAGGUGACCCCGGGGUGCUGCCUCUUUGAUGAGCCAUUGAGGGUGACGGUGUCCGGGUUGGACCCCGGGCAGAAGGUCACCCUCCAGGCGUCCUUGACCGAUGAAGUUGGGGAAACCUUCACCUCGAGUGGCCGAUACCAAGCGGGAAGCAGCGGGGAGUUAGAUCUGAGCCGCUCCCCAGCGCUUGAGGGCGGCAGUUAUGUUGGUGUUGAGCCCGAAGGGCCACUGUGGGCCAUGCUGCCUCGGACUCCCCACAAGAGGUUCGUCCGAAGGAACGUGCAGGCUCCGGCCCAGCUCAAUUUUUCCUUGUACGGGGCCCACGAGCCGCUUGGACCUCUGUUGAGCACGGCUACCCAGGAAAGAGCCUUCAUGGGUGAAGGGGUGACCCGGAGCACAUUACGUGAAGGAAGAGUCCGGGGUUCCCUCUUUUUGCCACCUGGAACUGGGCCCUUUCCAGGGCUUAUUGAAAUUCAAGGAACUGGUGGAGGUCUCAUAGAAUACAAAGCUAGUCUCCUGGCCAGUAAAGGAUUUGCCACUCUAGCAUUGGCUUAUUAUGGUUAUGAAGAUCUCCCAAAGGAUAUGAAGCAGUUUCAUUUAGAAUACUUUGAAGAAGCCAUCAAUUAUAUGUUGCAACAUCCUCGGGUAAAAGGCCCAGGUAUAGGCCUUCUUGGCCAUUCAAAAGGAGGAGACCUGGUCCUCUCUAUGGCCUCCUUCUUAAAGGGUAUUACAGCAUCAGCUGUAGUCAAUGGUUCUAUUGCUAAUGUGGGUGCAGCCCUUCACUACAGAGAUGUCAUUCUUCCACCAAUUUCAUUUGAUGUGAAGAAGGUAACUUUCUCAGACACUGGAGUUGCAGAUAUUACUAACAUUUUGAACAAUCCACUGGAAGAACCUCACCGUGCAAGUCUUAUACCCAUAUGGAAAGCAGAUUGCAAACUCCUGUUUAUUGUAGGUCAAGACGACAGGAACUGGAGGAGUGAAUUCUAUGCCAAAGCUGCAAGUGACCUUUUAGAAGAGCAUGGAAAAGAAAAGCCAGAAGUUGUCUGUUAUCCUGAAACUGGACAUUACAUUGAACCACCUAAUUUCCCACUGUGCAAAUCAUCUUUCCACAAGUUGGUGGGUAGGCAAGUGGUAUGGGGAGGACAAACCAAAGCCCAUGCCAUGGCACAGGUUUAUGCCUGGAAAAAAAUUCAGGACUUCUUGUUUAAGCACCUGAUGCCACAUCAUUUAUAAUCAUUAUGGCAGGCUUCAGCUGCUACGCAUAUAAUGGAAGUCUUUUAGGAAUAAAUUCACUUAAAGAGAUACAGAAUUUAAACUAUUACAAUAUGUAGAUUUAUAAUUAAUUUCAGACGGCUAAAUCAGUACAUAUACAUUUUUGUACUUAAGGUACGCACAAAAAUAUAUAUUUUUUUAAUCUAUUACAGUAUCUAAAAAUGUUUGAUUUUUAAAAAAAAAAAAAAAAAAAAAGUUAUGUGUUUAAAUGUCAAAUGAAACUUUCAAAAUGUUGUGCUGAUUUUUUUUUUAAUGUAGAAUAUGUUGAUACUUAGACCUUAUUGAAUACUCGACUUUCUUAAUAUUGUUGAAAUGACUAGUUAAUGUGUUAGUAACUAGUUCUUGGCAACAAUACAGGGAUAUAACCACUCAGGUGCUAAAAUAAAUGUCAGUGACGUGUCAGGUUUUAUAAUACAUUACAGUUACGCAGCCAACAAUGUACCUGCAUUAAUCACUAUCUGUAUUUCUACUGUAAUACUUGAGCACUACUUGUUUGGAAACAAAAAGAACAUUUAAAAGGGACAGUGUAGUCAAAAUUAAACUUUCAUGAUACAGAUAGGGCAUGCAAUUUUAAAGAACUUUCCAAUUUACAUUUAUCAAAUUUGCUUUGUUCUUUUGGUAUUCUUUGUUGAAAGCUAAACCUAGGUAGGCUCACAUGGUAAUUUCUAAGACCUUAAAGGUCAUCAUAGAGGUAAAAAGUGUAUUAAAGGGACAGUCUACACCAGAAUUUUUAUUGUUUUAAAAGAUAGAUAAUUCCUUUUAUUACCCAUUCCCUAGUUUUGCAUAACCAACACAGUUAUAAAUACAUCUUUUACCUCUGUGAUUAUCUUGUAUCUAAGCCUCUGCAAACUGCCCCCUUAUUUCAGUUCUUUUGACAGACCUGCAUGUUAGCCAAUCAGUGCAGGCUCAUAGGAACCCCACGUGCGUGAGCACAGUGUUAUCUAUAUGGCACACAUGAACUAACACCCUCUAGUGGUGAAAAACUCAAAAUGCCCUGAGAGAAGAGGCGGGCUUCGAGGGCUUAGAAAUUAACAUAUGAACCUCCUAGGUUUAGCUUUCAACUAAGAAUACCAAAAGAACAAAGCAAAAUUGGUGAUAAAAGUAAAUUGGAAAAUUGUUUAAAAUUGCAUGCCCUAUCUGAAUUAUGAAAGUUUAUUUUGGACUAGACUGUCCCUUUCAUAUAAGUGUUGGUUAUGCAAAACUGGGCUUAUCUAUCUUUUUAAACAAUAAAACAUUAGUAUUAAAUAUGUAUUUGUGCCAGCCCUUUUGAAGAGGAGUGCAAUUCCACUUUGGUCUUUAUAUAUAAAGUAUUAUAAUUAUAUAUGUCCUCAAAUAUAAAAAAGGUAUUGCUGCAAUACAGUUGUUACUAUUCUAGAUUGUAAGUUCCCAUGGGAACAGGGCCCUCAAUUCCCCCUGUAUUUGUCUGUAAAAUUUUGUCUCUUAUCGUAUUGUUUCUCCACUGUACUGUUAUCCUUGUACCCAUGGGCAGCGCUGCAGAAUCUGUCGGCGCUUUAUAAAUAAAGAAUAAUAAUAAUAUUUAA